CACCAAAUACAUAUGUGACUCCCUGAGCAGGAUUGCAAAGGUUUCAUAUGAAAGGCAGGAUGAUACAGCAAGUGCACUGAAUGAGGAUUACUGAAAUGUGUUAAACAACAUGGCCAGAUUAACAAAACUACAUUACUUCAUUGUUCUUCAGGCUUUGGUUACAGUAGCCAUAAUCAUUUUAAUGCAUAACAAAAAUCCUUCGUACUAUCAAAAAUCAAGAAGCCUGAACAAACAAACACAGAUUCUUAUUAUUUCAUCCUGGAGGUCGGGCUCUUCUUUACUUGGUCAGCUAUUCAAUGUGAAUCCCAAUGUGUUCUAUUUAAUGGAACCAGGCUGGCACAUAUGGAGACAUUUUCAAUACAGUAGUGCAAAUUCACUACAAAUGGCAGUACGCGAUCUGUUGAGGUCACUCUUUCUCUGCGACAUAACUGCUUUUAAUUCCUACAUUCCAUCUGAGGAUAGAAACAACUUGCAUCUUUUUGGAUGGGGUCUUAGCCGUGCACUUUGCUCUCGUCCAGCAUGCAAUGCUUUCAGUCGUACAUAUAUUACAAGUGAGGACAUCUGCACUAAGGCUUGUGGAACAUACCCUUUGAAUAAAAUUGAGGAAGUCUGUCAAACAUAUAGCCAUAUUGUUCUUAAAGAAGUCCGACUUUGUAGCUUGGAGCCACUGUACAGCCUCUUAAACGAUCCUUCUUUAAAUCUAAAAAUCAUUCACUUAGUCCGUGAUCCCAGAGCUGUGUUAAACUCUCGUAACAAACAAACAAAUGCAUUAAAAGUUGACAGCAACAUCUUAUACAGAAAUAUUUUGAAAAAAGAAUACUUUAAGUUUUUCCACUCUGGAGACAGAGAGUACAAACUGAUGGAGGAAAUCUGUAAAUAUCAAGUUAGUAUGUAUAAAACAGCAACUCAAGAGGCCAACAGCUUCAUAAAGGACCGUUAUAAAAUGGUACGUUUUGAAGACUUGACAAAAAACCCUCUGGAAGUUUUAAAGGACUUGUAUAAAUUUUCAAAUCUGACAUUAUCCUCAGAACUUCAGACAUGGGUUUAUAGUAUAACACAUGGUAAUGGGGAUGGAGGUAAAAAUGGAUCCUUUCAAGUAUCUUCUCGUGAUGCAGCUUAUGUUUCUGAGGCUUGGAAAACAAGUCUGUCCACUGUGAGUAUAAGAACAAUUGAGCGAGUAUGUGCAGAAGCCCUUCGUAUUUUUGGUUAUGACCACUUCACAUCAGACAAUAACUAGAAUCAUUCAGCUUUAAAAAGGAUGCAACAUAAAAGUUGAACUGUUUCUGUGAAGAGAAGGAAAUCCUGAGUCAAGCUAAUGAACAUUUUACUUAUGCAUUAUGCUGACAAAGUUUUUUUUCUCCAAACAGGCUUGUGCCAAAAGGUCUGGACAACAUUACUUAUAGUAAAACAGCUUCAAUGCAUGGACAUGUUUUUAUUGUCUCAUAAAUUGUUUUACUGCAGAGACACAUUUUUCUUUAUCAUAUUAUGUUACCUAAGCAUUAGUACAGAGUAUGCAAGCCAUGUUCUUUGAUGCUGUAGUUUCCUUGUAGUAUGUGAGAACUGGUACUCUAGAUGGCAAACAUCUUUGCAGUCACUUGUCACCAACAAGCCAACACCAAUGAAUGGAAUAACAUGGCUAUACUGACUAAUUGCUGUAGCUAUAACACUUGAUGUAUCAAUGAAAGGUCAAUGGUAAGGACUUCUGGAUCUAUAUCGUAGAACAAAUGUUUUUAAUUCUGGCUUUUCUAGCAUUGUUUGUGGACCAAAAUGUAAGACCUGAAUUUUAUGAGGAGUGUGCAUGUAUAUAAAUAUCAAUAGUUGAAACUCUGACAA